GCGUUUACAUUUCGUAAAUAAGUUGAUCUUUACGUAAUAUUUGAACUUUAUGACUUAAAAAAGCCGGUAAAAGUUGAUGGAAUUAUAUUCUUAAGUGUUAUUAGUUGGUACUGAAGUAGUUAGUGUUUCGUAUGUAUAGGCUAAGGGUAUUUAAAGCGUCCCGCAAAGAGGUUUUUAGAUUAUUUAGUAGACGUAUGUCUAACUUCUCCACUGGAGGACGAAGUGUUGGCAGAAUAAGCAGAAUAUCUUCUCAUUUCUUGUCUUCAUCAAACAGAACAAACAUAAAAGCUUCAUUUACUUGUAAUGCAGCUUUGAAUUCAAGUGAAAUGAAUACGGAACAAAAAGAAAUGGCCAGAACAAAAUCAGUCGUAGAUUAUGAUAUUGAAGAUGACAGAGCUGUGCCAAAUGAGGGCUGGACUAAGGAAUCUGUAGAACUGUUUAACAAGUUAAAAAAUGAAGCUGAUGCAAGCAAUGGAUUAUGGAUAAAAGUGCCAGGAAAAACUCCACCUUUAACUGGAAAUAGACUAUUCACAAGAUGUCUUUGGGAUCAGAAAGGAAAAUUGUUUGAAUACAGUAUGUUUAUGAAUAAGAGAGAGGAACGCCUCAAAGGAGUUGUUCAGUUUGGACCGUAUACUGAAGGACCAAAAGGGUACGUACAUGGAGGUGCUAUAUCAACUGUAAUGGACAGUAUCAUUGGUGUAUGCAUCCAUGGUAGUGGUUAUGUUUCAGUUACUGCAAACCUAUCUGUGAACUUUAAAAAAGGAGUACCUAUUGGUACUACAGCUCUACUGGAAGGUAGAAUAGACCGUGUUGAAGGCAGGAAGGUAUUUGGUUAUGGAGAAAUGAAGAACCCUGAUGGGUCUAUAACAUAUGCUACAUCCACAGCAUUAUUUGUACAAGUCCGUCCACCACCUGACUCUGAUGGGGGGAAAAAAGAAGAUGGUGAUAUGUAGUCAAGGCAAUAAUACUUUAAUACAGUUAUAAAUAGUCAAUACAAUACAGUCGUCAAUCAUCAAUUUUUAGCUAAACAUUUAUUCAAUUGUUACAAAACUACAUUAAGAGUUUUUAAACUUGAUCUUUCUAUAGGAAGGUUUCUUGCAUGAAUGUUCCUUUAUAGUUUUUUGGACAAAUUAAGUAUGAUUUUGUGAGUGCAUUUUCUUUAUCAUUAAUCAUCAAUUAUGUAUGUUUUUUCAUUUAACUGAAACAUAUCUUUUAUAUGAAACAAAACAUCAAAUAUUUAUCAUUAAUGUUUUUUACAAUCUUUAAUGAGUGAAAUAAUAAUCCUUAAGAACCUCAUCAAUGUAUGAAAUAUUUUUACUAUAGUUUUUAGUUCGAGAAUAAUUAUUCUGAUUACUGUUGGUGGUUCUUGUGAUGAUGGUAAUUUUCCUUUCAUCAAGUCAAUUCAUCUUCUUCAUUUAAACAUCAAUUACUGAAGUUGUCAAUUUUCUAACUUGAGGAUGAUAUUAACUUACUGUUCUGAUAGAAACAAUACAGUAUUAAACUUGUUUUGCUAUGUCCAAUGUUUUUUGUCGGUCAUAGAGCAGUGUUAAGACUCAGUUGACUAUUAUUGAGCUGAUCGCCAAUUCUUCUUAAAACACUUCCAAUUUCUCUACUGGCACGAUUACUGGUGUUAUUGGCUUGACUCGAUGUUGACCUGGUUGAAUUUGUUUCACUGUUACGAUCUCUGUUUUCUGUGCGACGGAAGCUCCUCCUCUUGCUGCUGUUGCGCCUUACCAG